AGUGAGAGCGAGCCUGUGGCCUUGUUUACAGGGCCCGGAGAGGUGGAGGGGGUGGCCGCCUGUCGAGCCGAUCUUAGCUGGACCGGGAGCCAGCGGCCGUCCCGCAGCGAAACACCGUUAACCAUCCCCGACCUCUUCCAGCGAACUCUGCUCCAAGGCAAAUGGCCUCCUACGUCGGAGCGAGGCCCCGGGGCCCGAGGCCCAGGCCCCGGUAUCAUGCGGGGGGCGGCUGGUACUCGGAAGAAGAGCGGCUCAGCAGCAACCUGCCGCCGCUUGGCGUCUUCCAGGCCAACGGGCGGCUGUGGCGGGCGCAGCGGUGCCUCGGUAAAGGGUCGUCGGCCGCCGUCUACCGCGUGACAUCGGGGGCGGCCCGGGCGGCCGUCAAACAGUUCGUGCACGACACCAAGUCGGACUACGGCUUUUUGACCGAGAGCGGGGUCUUGGAAGACCUGCAGGGCCACAGGAAUAUCGUGACUUUAUAUGGGAGAUUUUCCAACAUGUCCUACACAAACCAACGUUGUAACUGCAUUUUGCUGGAAUUGUUGGAUGUCAGUGUCUCAGAGCUGCUGCUACACUCCAUUAAUCAAGGCCAUUCAAUGUGGAUGAUCCAGCAUUGUGCACGGGAUGUACUCAAUGCACUAGCUUUUAUUCACCGAGAGGGUUACGUACAUGCAGAUCUCAAACCAUGUAAUAUACUGUGGAGUGCGGAGGAUGAAUGCUUUAAACUCAUUGACUUUGGGCUCAGUUUCCAAGAAGGCAAUCAGGAUGUAAAAUAUAUUCAGACAGAUGGUUAUAGAUCUCCUGAAGCAGAGCUACAUAACAUGCUAGCUCAGAUGGGCAUGGAAAGCAACACAGAAUGUACAACUGCAGUUGAUAUCUGGAGCCUUGGAAUAAUUUUGCUGGAGAUGUUCUCGGGAAUAAAACUGAAAGAGACUAUCAAAUCUCCACAGUGGAAGGCAAACAGUUCUGCCAUCAUCGAUUCCAUUUUUGCAAGUAAAGAUAUGGUAUACUCGGCUAUCCCAGUUUAUCACCUCAGAGAUGUUAUCAAAAGUAUGCUUCAUGAUGAUCCAGCACACAGAACUACAGCAGAACAUGCUUUAUACAACCCUUUCUUCAGCAUUCCCUUUGCACCUCAUAUUGAAGAUUUGGUUAUGCUUCCAACACCAGUGCUGAGACUACUCAAUGUUAUUGAUGAUAGCCAUCUUCAGUGUGAAGAAUAUGAAGAUGUUGUGGAAGAUGUGAGGGAAGAAUGCCAGAGGUUUGGACCAGUUAUGUCUCUGCUCGUCCCAAAGGAGAAUCCUGGUAAAGGCCAGGUUUUUGUUGAAUUCAGACGUGCGGCUGACUGCAAAGUGGCCCAGCAGAUGCUGACCGGAAGAAUGUUCGAUGGCAAAUUUGUUGUGGCUACGUUCUACCCGCUUUGUGCCUACAAGAGGGGAUAUCUGUAUCAUACCGUAGUUGCUGACACCUAAGUUACAACAGGGCUCACCAUAUUUUGCAAUCACCCAGGUUCCUUUUGAAAUGUUCCUUAAUACAAUAGUGUAAAAGGUUAAAUAUUUUGCUCCGUUUCCUUUUGUGUGUAAGCGAGCAUCAAUUUAAGCAGCUAGUUUUAGAGAAAAGGUUUACAGAGUUAGGGAUUAAUGCACUUAAAUCUGUUGGCAAGUUAUUAACAAAUUCUAUUUUAUUACUAGAAAUUAUUGCAACCUGCAUUUGGUUCGUAAAAUGCUGAAAUGACAUCUUUGCUGGCAGAGCUAUCAAUUACGUUCUUGUUAAUGGGGAGCAUGCUGGUGAAAAUUAAGAUUACUGUAUUUGAACCUAAAGAAAUCACAGAACAUUUUUGUAAAUAGUGGGAAAUAUAAAAGACAAAAGUAGGUUGAAUCUGAUAGUGAGGUCAUAAGGAUCACAUUGCAAGCAUUUAAGUGCUCUAGAUGCAGAAAAGAUGUAAUUUCUUAAAGGUUUUAAUGAAUGUGUGUAAGUAUACUCAGACACACGCAUGCAAACACCCACAUACACCAGAAAAAUAGCUUUUUACUGUGAGCAAGGGGAUGCAGAUUUGAGCACUUUCUCUUAAAAUUCUCAGUAAUGCUUUAUUUGGCCUUCAUAUUACAGCAGCUUGAAUGGUACGUGUGUGGUGCAGUGCGGAUGUAUUUAUAUUCAGGGAGAUAAAAGACGUUCCUUGUACCAUUUCAGAACUUGAGAUAGUAUUACAUGGAUUUUCUUUUUGCCUCAUCCUGCGACAGCUUUGGUACUGUUCAGUGGCUUCAUGAUGGACAAACUCACCAUAGCAGGCCCCAAACGCUAAUUAAAGAGCAACUUCUUCCACAUCUGAACAUGCUCAGAUAUAUAGUCAGCAGUCCAUAUCAGCAGCAAAUUGUUUAGUAGAAUUACUAGGGACAUAAACAGCAUUUAAAUCUUGACUGCAAAGUACACUUGGCUUCCUUAGACAUCUUUUAUAUAUCUCAUAAUUUAGUAUAAAUAAAAUCUAGUAUUCCUAAAAUAGUAGAGGCCAUGAUCACUUUAUUGCCCUCAAAUCAUUCAAAUGAUCCAAAUAAAAUUCAGAUGUAAUUUCAGGGAAAUGAGAAAUAGCAUACGUACUCUAGUGAGUGCCAAGCAUACCAGAUUUUACUGUAAAGUCAAAAAUACCCAAAACCAAAAGAACUUCAAUAAAAGGAUUAGUCUAACAUAGUUGUGACUGUAUCUAUCUUGUUACCAUUACAAUAUUAAAAUACAUUGCAUUUUGUAUAAAUGUGCUUGGAGUUGGGAAUAUGUUCAAUCAAUAUUUCAAGGUUUUCCUUCAUUUGACCUAGGGAGACUGUUCAUAUAAAUUUUUAUUAUUAUUCGAACCAAUAAUAAUGACAUACUAACCAUGUCUCCAGAUAUUGCAAUUUAAAAACAAAAUUGCAGUCGUGAUGUUUUCCAGUUCGAUGCACAUAGACCUUAAAUUACCAGAACAAAAGGUACAGUUUUUUAAAAUAGAAUUGAUAUGAUUAUUUGAUAAGUUAGCUAAUGACCAAAGACUUAUUGCUGUAAUGGAAAAACCUUACAAGCAAAAUCUAGAAUCAGUUUUUGAAGUACUCCAUAUGACUUAAAAAUACAUAAUGGGUAUGAUUCAAAUUGCACAAUCUGAAAGUAUGUAGAAGGCAACCUCAAAUCAUGGCUUUCAUAAAUGAAUUGGAUAAGGAAAAAUAAAAGUCCUGGUUAUGAGGUAAGGACUGGGGGAAUUGGUCCAGCUGAAAUGUCAUCCACCUCUGCUUUAACCACUUCAGGGUUCUCUUCUAUAAUUCAAAAAAGGGUUUUAGUGGCAUAGUUAUAACAUGCUUAAGCACUAUUCAGAGAUGUAAUCUGAGCUUACAUCUCAGGUAUGUUGAAGGCUAAAUUAAAAACUUUAGGUUUUAAAGUCGUUGGUGUGCAUACACCAAUUUCUGUCACUUAUUUAUCUCUCUAACUUCAAGGCUGCAAAUAAGUGGAUUGAUUUAUCUAGAAUGUGUGCACUUCAACUCAAAUUUGAAAUCAAAACUGCCUGAACUUUAAAUUUAACCAGAUUACAUUUACUAGAAGUAAAUUUCAGUUUGUACUCCAAGCCUUUUAGUAUUGUACGUAAGUCUGUUUAUAUUUUAAAACCAGAGCAGCAAUCUUAAUAACAAAAAGGUACCAAAGAAAACAUAUCGGGACUAUAAACACCCAACAUUUCGGAACAUAUUAAUGAUUCCAUGUUUCCUGUGCCAAAUUCGUACUUUGAUGGUUUUGCCAUUACUCUUCUUACUUAUUCAAAAUGGAUAAGGCCUCCCGCUUCCAACACCCAUCAUUUUAAUAGAUCUUUGAGUAGUUUUAGCGAUUUUAAUACAAAGGAAUAUUCUGAACAGAACAUAAAUUGUCUAUCUUUUGGAUAUGAGGUAUUAGUUUCUAAAUUAUCUUGCCAGAUCACUGAUAGCAAAAAAAAAGUGUUUUUAAUAAAGAUCUGUACCAGCUAAAUGUGGAACUUUGCUGUUUUCCUUGGUUGGAAUUCAGAAACUACAGGAUGAAAUAUUCUGGAAUCAUUAAGGUGAUUUUAAAAAAAAAUUAGUUAAUGAAGUUUCUUCCCGUUUCCCACAUAUACUGUAUUGCAGGAAGUGUACUUUGCAGUUUUUUUGGAAUGCCAGUACAUGGAUGAGUUGCUUGUCCUUUGCCAUACCUUAAUGUAGGUUUAGAGUUGCCGCUUGCUUGUCUAGUUUUGAAUAGGUCUCCUUAUUCCUCGGGAGUGUGAAUUCAUGUUAUAUAUCAUGCUAAAUGGUUAGCCAUGCCUCUGUCUCUGAUAACUGUCAAGCACUUUACUUGGUCCAGUUUAUUCAACUCUAGAUCAGACAAUCCAAAUGCCUUGAGAUUCAGACUAGAUUCAGAGUAGCAGGCAAGAAGAAUAGUGGCUUUUCCAUAUAAUUUUUAAACAUGUGAAGUUAUUGAUGGUAAACUGCAGUUAAACUUCAGCCUUUUCCAGUAAGUGGUGUGUUGAUUGUGGCCAAUAGGACUCAUGUGCCACAUCUUCUGAUUGACUAAAUUAGCAAACAUUCUUGCUUGUGGUCUUGAGAUCGGACAGACUAUGACAGUCUUUUAAAUAUCUUUGAUCUGACUGGCUGCCAAAUUAGUCCAACUAAUAUCUCCACCUUUGUUGUAAAUAUAAUUAAUUAGAAAAUGGAUGUGUAACAUUAAAUUUUGUAAAAGUAUUUUUAUUGUUUUACAAGCAGUAUUUCUGCACUUCCAUUCAGUUUUGUUUUCAGUUCCCUUUUAUGUGGAUCAGACUUAAAAAUCUGAUUUGCAGAUCUGAUCUAAACUCCCUUGUGGUUAUUUAAGUUAGUUCUGUCAUACCAACAUUUUGAACAUCUAUAGCUGUGAAAUAUGGUAAAUGUCACUUAAGUUCACCUGAAGCAAUCCAAAAUUUCCAGCUUUGUAACCAGACUUAUGGCUUACAUAAUCACUUUGCAUUCAUGUAUGUUGGCCCCAUGUGCUAGACCAUAUUUAAGAAGUCAACCAUAAAAGUUUGGAUAGCCACUAAAUUCUGUACAGUGCUGGUAUACACAGUUGACAGAAUACAAAUAAAUGCUGUUUUUUUCCUGAAGUUAUCAACCAGGUUUUGAAUGUUUUCAGCACUCUCUGAAACAAUGUAAAAGUAAAUCCAUGCAUAGUGACAUUUUAACUAAGAACUUAAUGUUCUGAUUAGGAAUGGUGCAAAACUGAAAUCAUAACAUAUUCCUGUGAACCUCUCAUGGCUCCAAACCUAAUGUCAAGGUUAGCAAUUGUAAAAAGUAUUCAUUCACCACUGCGUACAGAUUGCAAACUUAACUCUGACAGAGUUAAAAAGACUAUCUAUUUCUGAGAUUCAGAAAAGCACCAUCUCCUCCUUUUGAACUGGGAGUGCUUCAGCCAUAUCUAAACAAAGUGAUAUUAUGUUGUUCUGAUUAUAGGUGAAGGAGCUGUAGUGGAUAGAGAUCAGGCUCCUUUUAGCACUGCCUAUUUUGCUGCUUGCACUUUAGAGCUUUGGCCAUUUUUAGAACUGCCUCAUAGUGUAAACCUUUCUGCAGAGUUUUUUUUGUGUGGAUCAAAAUAGUAUCAACUGUAUUUGAUUUGGAAAACAUUUUUCGGUAUUCGUAUAUUUUUACUCAUCAAUGGAGGUGAAGCUUGAUAUAAAUACCAUGCAAUAACAUCCCAAUUUGACUAUCUAGGUGCAUCAGCUUUCUUCUUUUUGAGCUAAGGAUUAUUAGCAUUCCUGCUCAACCUUUUAUUAAUGUUUCAGAGGAAAUGAUUGGUUUCUCAGUAAAUACCUCUUCCAGUUACACCUGCUUCAUGAGGUUGAUAACAUUUACUCAGUCAUGGCUUGCAAUAGCCAUUAACCUGCCUGGUGAGGUAGCUUUCUUCACUUUUCAGGAAUAGACCCUCCUCACAGUAAAACUUGCCAUUUAAGCAUGCAGUAAUCGCAAUUUCUUUCCUGCCAAAAUCUUGAGAUAAUCACUUUGUAGCCAUAACCUGUUUAGGUGGGCAAAACAGAGUUUGAGAUGUGGCAAAGUGCUGGUUAUGCAGAUAGAAACAAUUAUUUGUGUAUGGUCAUCAGAGUGACACAUUGCAAUUUGUUAUGCAAACUUAAUUUAGGGAAUAUAGUGGGAUUAGUAUAUGCAAUUUUUAUAAAAGCAAGUGUGGAUUAUUUGUGAAGUUUUCUGCAUGUUUUUUUAAGAAUGCAAGGCUUGUAUCUCCAAACUAAGGAAAUUUGCCUCGUCAUCAGUGUAUUUAUUUACUAAAGCUAGAGAUUGACGUGGUACUGUGCACUGAUGCAUGUUUUUCCAGUUUUGGUUCGUGUGCUGUCCUAUGCAAAAGACUUGAGCCAAAAGAGAUAAAUGUGCUACCUUAAAUAUUUGCCACAUUCCUCAAUCAGUUGCAUUGGGAGUGUAAAAAAUUGUUUCCAUGGAAGUGGUGUUGAAACAAGACUUUCCAUUCUUUAAACAAAUGCUAGAGGAAAGGGAAGAAAUGAGAUAUUUGCACAGUGUGAAUGUGUGAACAAAGUGUGUGUAGGACUGUUUCAAAAAAGAACACAAUGCUAUUUUGUUUGACUAUUAACUUUGCUCACAUGCCUGUCACUGUAAACCUGAAGACAAGGGUAUCAGAACAGUACACUUAUGAUUUCAGUUUAAACCAAUCUCCACAAAAUCUUGUGAUUAGAAGGGACUAAAAGCAGCCGGGCAUUGAAAUUCUGUAGUUAAAUCUUUCUCCUACAGAAAUAAUUCCAAUAACAAUUUAAAAGCUAUUACUGGGUUAUCAAAAUAUUUUUCAAUGUGUGUGGCCUGCAAUGUGUCUAUGCAUGAAAUAUACAAUUCUCACCAAAACUCUUGUGACUAACAAAUCAUUGAUUCUUGUGUACUGUUUACAGCAAGUUUGUCUGAGGUGCUGUGCUUAUUGCACAAGCGAAUGUUUCCAGUUAAAGUUUAAACAAUCCUAUCAACAAUCAGACACGGCUUACGUUUCAGACCAUGGUGUUCAGAAACUGUUAGUACCAGCUCAUAAGGCUCUAACCUCUAAUAUUUGAUGUUUUUGUGCAACAUCUGUAUGUCCCUGGUGUUGAUACAGAGGUUGUGGAAUGAGUUUAUUUGUAAAGUGAAAAAAUAACUGGUAGUUUAUGGAGCCAGUCGAAUUCUUGUAUUAAUGCAUUCUAUAAUCAAGAUGAUUGUAAACUUCCAUAUACUGAUCAGUGAAAUGUAAUUCCUCGAUAUAAUGUAUUUUAAUUGGGAGUUAAUUUGUCGUAGAAAUUUGGAUUAAAUUCACAUAAAAAGGAAGCAUGUUAUGCUUUGCUGAUAUGUGUCUGGAUUUAUGUUAUCCUGUAACACCAAAGAGUAAAAGUGUCCCUAGCUUUUAUAUCAGAAGCUACAUGGUCAAACUGGUCCCAAAGCAGCUUCUGUAGAAGCCACAGCAGACUCCAUUAGUUUGAAAUCUGAUUGUAUGUCAGAGGUCCAGGAAGUUUGAUGAUUGCACAAAUAAUUGUUUCUCAUUCCAAAAUGACCAGUGCAGCAGUUGUUAUAAACUGGCCUCACGCUUUGAAAUACUUAAUUUGCUUCAGUCCUGUGCAUCACUACUUGAUCCAACUAUUUCUGCUGCUGCGUUAGAUUUUAAUCAGGCAUUUUUGUUCUCAGGAAGCUUUUGGAAAUGUAGGCAAGGUGUUUGUAUUAUUCUUCCGUUUUCCAAGAUGAUGCAUUGGAUUUAUGUAAUUAAACAAACAGACACUUUUUAAAAGCAAAUUAUUGAAUGCAUUGCCAGGCACACUCACUGCUUAUCUGGCACCUUUGUGAAAUUUGUGUUAUCAACCGUAGAAUGCUCAACCGUAGUUAAGUCCAUUCAUUAUCACUGGAUAUUCAAUAAAUUGUUUUUUCCUGAUAUAGCGCAGCUAUAUAUUACAUAAUUGUAUUGAAGUUCCUGCUUUAAAAAGUUUAUAAAAAUGUAACAUUGUCCUGUGGCUGAAUCAGACUGAGCUGAUGGAUAUAGAGCCAUUUAUGUAUGCUGGUGUCGUUAUAAAAUACUGCUGAGUGCUGAUUGUGACAAUUCUUUUUCUAAUACUUUGAAUAACUACUGUGAAUAUUUGUAAACUAUCUGCAAGUGGUCAAGCUGCAAUUUAUGUAAACUUUGGCAAACAACACAAUUAAGAUUUCAGCAUUCAUCCUGGGCAUUUCAUUGGGAUUGAGUGUUAAAAGUUACUGCACUGAACAACUAAGUACUAUAUCGAUGCAUGUUUCUUGCACUUUUGUGCCAAGUUAUGAGGCCAAAACCUAUUGCAGAUCUUUCCUGCAUUUAAGGAAUGUGGAGAACGUUUAGAAGGGGAGAGCACAAAAUACCAAUGUGAAAACAAAGGGGAAAGAGCAGUGAAUACUGAACAAUAACGUUGAGGUGUUGUAAACCGUAAAAUUGCAGUUGUUUUCCAUGCAGUUUUAUUGCGAGUUCUAGUUUUGUUUGCAUGUUUGUUUAUUGGUACAACUAAUUGUCUUCCACAGAAACUGUAAUAGUACCUGAUUAGCUUGGAAAGUGUUGCUCAAGUCCAAUGUCUAUCUUGUUUUAAAAACAUUGCUGUAGAGUGAGAUUUUCCAGACUAAAAAUACUAAACAAAGGAGGACCAGUCCAAAUUUGUCUUAUUGCUUUUGCAAUUAGGGCUAUUUUGUUACUACUAAUUACGGGGACAGGAUAACCUCUUUGAUUAGUUCUGCACCAGUUGCCACUUUUCAGUAAUGCAAAAUCGAUGCUGAAAUUGGACUUAGAGGGAAUGGUGUAGCACUCUUACUUUUCAGCAGGCUUACAAUUUGGGUUUGUCUUGAUUGUAUUACGAUUUCUUAAUCUUGAGCAAGGAGGUUUAAGUCACAUUGUAAGUAGACGAGCACUUGAUCAUUUUGAGUACAAAAAUGCUCAGUUAUUUUAUUGCUGAACAAGGAAAUGUAAACAUAGUGCUGUUUUUAGAUUGACAGUGUCACUAUCUUAAAACCUACUAGAAAGAUGCAUUCAAAAGGAAGAAAAAAGUUACCUUAAUGACUAGUGAUUCUGGUCACCUUCAGAACUAUUAGUUCUCUACAUUGAUUUAAUUUUAUCUCCAACAACUUGUCUCUCAACACAACUUAUUAAUGUGCAUAAAUUUCUGCUGGUUUAGCUUAGUCAUUCCUCUUUUUAAAAUCAAGUGCUGAAAAUGUUUUAGAAAUUUUACAAGUGUUGCAGCAAAUGAGGAAAUGAAACUCAUCCAUUUUAAAUAUACCCUUUUAUUGUAUGGUGAAAACGUUAAAAUGUAGACAAUAGAAGAUGCAGUACUGCUAGACCAUUUCUACAACCCAACAUGCAUACAGUAAAAGAGUUCCCGUCCAAAUCCAGAAUACUGUAAAACAGCUUUAAUGCGUUGGGGACUAAACAGUAAUGCAUCUUAUAUUAUGCAAGGAUUUAGACGUGUGAAAUACUUUUGUCAUCUUGGUCAUUCUGCUUGGUGUAUCUUGAAAGGCAUGCUACGAUGUCUUGUAGCAUUUAUCUCCUUUUGGUAAAAUACUGCCUUAUGCUUUAGUGACAAUAAACAAAGCUACUUGAACAAA